CAUUGACUAAUGUCAAACCUCGAUGGUCGGCUGUGCCCGCCGCGCGCACCGUGAAAAGGCGUCAGUAAAAUGUUUACGCGCGGGUUCCUAAUUUGAAAUUGUUUUUUUUUUUUAAUAAAUGUAAAAUGAGCAGAAAGUCUGGAAGUGACGACGGUAAAGUGGCCAGGAGGAACUCUGUGAUAGCGACUACUAAUAAUACGUCGAACCCCUCUUCGCUUGGUGAUGAUUCCUAUGAGCUGACCUCAGCUGACGUCCUGUGUAUAGAUAAUGGGGUCUCCAGAUCAAAGUACGAGCCGCUCUUUCCUGAAGUGGAGGCGGUACUGGGGUCUCCACACUCGCCGCCACCGUGCACGCUCGUCUGGCGGGACUUGUACGUGCACACCAAGCUGAAGGAUGGCAACCUUAAACGAUUAGUCAAUAAUGUGAGCGGCAUCGCUAAACCAGGCUCGCUAGUGGCAUUAAUGGGUCCCAGUGGCGCCGGAAAAACUACAUUAAUGAGUGCGCUUGCGCACCGGAGUCCAGUGGGCACAGUUGUCGACGGAGAGAUAGCGAUGAACGGGCGGCCAGUGGGCGACUUCAUGCAUCGACACAGCGGAUACAUGCAUCAGGAUGAGUUGUUCGUUGACAAUUUGACGGUCAUCGAGCAUCUUAAUGUCAUGGCGCGACUUCGUAUGGACCGACGUACUUCCUCCCUCGCUCGGAAACGACGAGUGAAUCAACUCCUGCGCCAACUGGCGCUCUAUAAGUCACGCUUUACACGCAUCGGAGGACUUGAUGGAGAGAAAACUUUAUCUGGAGGGGAGAGGAAACGACUGUCCUUCGCUACUGAGCUCUUAACAGACCCUGGCCUCCUCUUCUGCGAUGAGCCCACCACGGGUCUGGAUUCCUUCUCAGCGCAGAAGCUAGUGUCCCUACUGCGAGCCAGUGCUGCCCAGGGCAAGACCGUUAUAUGCACCAUUCACCAGCCUUCUUCAGAGCUGGUAGCACUGUUUGACAAACUAGUGCUGUUAGCGGAAGGAAGAGUGGCUUAUGCAGGCAGUGCAAAAGGAGCGCUCACAUUUUUUGAAAGCCUAGGCUACCACUGUCCCAUCACGUACAACCAGACAGACUACUUCAUAAAGGUUCUGGCGAUGACUCCGGGGUCAGAAGAGGCCUCUCGACAGGCGGUGAAGAGCAUAUGCGAUAGGUUUGCGGUCAGUGACGCCGCUAAAGAAUUGGACAUGGAGAUACAUCUGGAGUUUCACCUUAUGGACCAUGAGGACCAGGCUAGAAAAAAACUACACAAGGAAAAUUACAAGGCACCAUUUUUCUUCACGAAAAUUAUGUGGCUUGUGUACCGAUAUGCGCUCAUCGUCAUCCGAGAUCCGAGAGUCCAGUUCAUACGAAUUAUACAAAAAUUGGCCAUAGCCUUAACUGCCGGCGUAUGCUUCCUCGGCACAGCACGCCUCACACAAGCCGGGGUUCAAGACGUGCAGGGUGCCCUCUUCAUCAUCAUAGCAGAGAACACCUUCAGCCCCAUGUAUUCGGUGCUGCACAUGUUUCCUGAGGAGUUCCCGCUGUUCCACAGAGAGAUCAGAGCAGGAUUGUAUUCUACUCCUGAGUAUUAUGUAGCGAGGAUGAUUGCGUUGUUCCCAGGCUUGGUGGUUGAGCCAUCCCUCUUCACGCUGGUGGUGUACUGGAUCGCGGGGCUCCGAGCCACGCUGUACGCCUUCGGAUUCACCAUAUUCCUGUCCAUACUGGUGCUCAACGUUGCUAUUGCUUGUGGUUCAUUCUUCUCAUGUGCCUUCGGCUCGAUGCCUGUCGCCAUAGCUUACCUCGUGCCAUUCGACUACUGUCUCAUGAUGACGUCUGGCAUCUUCAUCAAACUAAGUACAUUACCAAAAUACAUAUCCUGGAUCCGGCAUGUGUCGUGGCUGAUGUACUCAAACGAAGCCAUGAGCAUAUUGCAGUGGGACGGCGUCAGCAACAUUACUUGUGCCCCAACGAACUCCGGUACGCCGUGCCUCAGCACAGGCGACGAGGUCCUCAAUGUCUACGACUUCACAACUUCACAUUUCUGGACCGACGUCAUUGCUUUGGCAGUGCUGUACCUGACUUUCCACCUCCUGGCGUUGCUGGCGUUGAGGCAUCGGACGAGGCGGAAAUAACCAAUAGAACACGUCACGUUUCUAAAAACUCUCGAUAUAUUAUUACAACGACAUCAAUUUUUAGAACUU